UGCGCUAAUAUUAAUGUACGGGCCACUCGUUGAGUCAGGGUUGGGUUAGGAAGGCGCCGAUCUCUUUUCUCCUGGUUUGGAGAGCGUUGAAAAGCCAGUGGUGCUUGCAUUCGUCAAUAUGAGGUGGCUGGCAUAAUGGGCUUGUGCUGGGGUAAAGCAAAUAUAAGUGUUCGUGUUUGUGGGAGCACCAAGGAAGUGUUUGUUCCCUCAGUUGUUCCAUUAGUAGAGGCCCCGAUAUAGUGAAGUUGGAGCUCUACGUGGUGACGGCAUUAAAGGCUGUAUGGAAGGACCGGUGCGUAGUUCUGUUAUGGAGACGGCAGGGGUAAGAUAUCGGAACUCUUUGUAGAAAGAUUGUUCUUCUAGCACAGUUCUAUAUGAAGCAACAGCACCGUGUUUAGGCCUAUGAAUUCUAUGGAGUUUCGUCGCAUCUUUUUUUGAGAGAUUUCAGACGACGGACGACUUGGUUGAAAAAAUGAUUUGCCGAGUGUCAGAGAUUUCCCUUUACUGUGCUGCAUCGAUGGAUCUUUGACGCCAGUUCUCUCUCCUUCACGAGGAUUUAAAGAGGAAAAACCUUCCCCAAACAUGCCUCAGUUGAGACGUUUCGAGUUACGGAAGUCGGUGUCCCCGUACAUUUGCUCGACACCGAACGACUUUGUAGAGGAACGAAACUUUCUCUCCGACACCAUCUUCCCUCAGCUGGACGAAUUAUGCAAAUUGCGGGGGUCGUAUUUCGACCCUGUGGACUUGCGAUGGACUCCGGGUGACCAAAAGACGCAAGGCGGACUUCUGGUGAAGACCCAGUUGGACGCCAUUAAACGAUCUUCUCCGUUCUUCAUCGGGAUCUUGGGGGAGACGUACGGCCCCCACAGGGCGGAGACUGAUCCGCCCCUGUCCAAGUCCCGAGGUGCGCUGUGCUUGAAGCAAGGGAAGUCGAGUCUCAGCUGGCUGGACAAAAACCUGCUUCUGGCGGGGACGGGCGGUCAUUCCUGGGUGCUGCAGGAAGGCCACCAGUGCAGCAGUGUACCCGAACUGGAGGUCACGCAAGGCGCGUUCUUGUGUGACAACCAGCACACGACGUUGUAUUACCGCCAAGCGGAGCACCUAGACGACAAGCUCUCGAGACUGACGGAAUCUAGCAGCGACGCGGAGCGGGGAGACAUCAUGAAGACGCACUUGUCCGAGUCGGAACACGCCAAGAUGAAGAUCCACGACCUACGCCAGAGGCUUGUGAAGAAGGGACUCCCGGUGAAGUAUUUCCGGACGCCAGAGGAGCUGGGCCGGGCAGUUCUGGAGGAUUGGAGGGAGAUCAUUGAUAUGUCGCUGCCGCCCUUAACGCAUGAUACGGCUUUGUUGGAGUGGCUGGCCCAGCAGUCCUUUGUCAGCAGCCGCUCAGACGUGUUCGUGUCCUCGGAAGACAUAGAGGAGGUCCUAGAGCAGAUGUCAGAGUUUGCCGAGAGCUGUGGCCGACCAGACGCCGGCAGAUCAGACAUGGACGACAUUUUUACUCCGCCGGAGAAUGGCAGCAAAGUUCGUAGCUACUCUGCGACUGCUUGGAUCAAGAAACAAUCUGAACCUCCUCCAGUCAAGACCAAAUCAAUUUUGUUGUUGAGUGGAGACCGAGGAGUUGGCAAGUCGACCCUGGCGUCUCGCUGGCUGAGAACAUUUGACAGUGCUGACAUCUGCGUCAUCUCACACUUUGUGUCAGCCUCCAGUGGUAGUGCUGACAUCAGCAUAUUCAUGAAGCAGUGCAUCAGACAGUUACGCCAAAGGUACCUCUUGUCAGAUGACUACAACUCCCUCAGCAUCUACGCACAGGUGGAGAACAGUCUACAGGAAAACGGAGAAGACUUUCGCUUCUUGUGUGAGGCUUUCAUGGCUUCUGUUGCUCUGGGCCCAUGUGUGAUCCUUGUGGACGGCCUCAAUGAGCUGGGGCCAUCUCAUGGAAUGAGAGCUAAUGAGGUGAAAGAAUUUCUAUGGCUGACUGAGGACCUUCCACCAACCUGCAAGUUGAUUGGGACCACGAUGAGGUCAGACAUUUCUUAUCGCAGUCUGGUGAAGAGACCGGAUGUUGUGUCAGUGGAUAGUCCAGCGUGUCUCACUAGUGUUGACUUCACGAUUGACACGUUGAAGGAACACCAGCCUGUGAUUAGUCAACUAUUGGGAGGUGAGCAUGCUGUCAAACAACUGGCUGGGCUGAAGGUCAUGCAGACGUCUCUAGGGUCAAGGGUCAUCGGCAGUGAAGUGGCCUGCUACCGCACCUACAGCGACUUCCACGCUUUCAUAGAACGCAGUACUGAGAUCUGGUCUCUGAGAAACUUCUGGAUGGGCUGUGUUCAGGGCUGGAUCAAUGAACAUAGCUGGACACUUGACAAUCCAAGUUCAGAGAUAAAUUUUGUAGAUAGUGGAUUUGAUUACGCAGGUUGGGUGACCGACUCCCUCUGUCUCAUCGCUCUGUCAAGGAAUGGUUUAACACAAGGGCAAGUCUUGUCUAUACUGAGACAGAUGGGGUAUGAGAAUGACCUAGAGGUCAGCAGUUACGACUGGUUGCAGUUCCGAAUCUCCGCAGGGGCCACGCUCCGAGAAAAGGCAGACGGGCGUCUUGUUUUUGGUUAUAAAUAUCUGCAGGAAGUUGCAGAGUAUUUAUUUUUCAAGAACAUGUCGUCUGGGUCCUGUGACGCGGCCACUAUCGUGAAAAACUGCCAAUCUGGCAUGAGACAGUCCUACCACUUGCAGCUGGCCACAUUCUUCUCCCAGCUGCCCUUCAGCUUGCAAGUGAUGGAAGAGUUGCCAUGGCAGCUGAUGCUAGCGGGGGAUCUCCCAGCUCUUUUGGAUUAUUUGACAGAUUGUGGGGCAUUGCUCAAGAUGUUGACAGGAGACUCUGAGCUCUGGUACCAGGACCUGAAGCUGUACUGGUCAGUCUGUGAGCUCAACGGUCACCCUGCAUCCAAAGUUUACAUCCAGCUUUGCCAUGCACUCGGGGUGGUGGACAUAAAUGAUGUACAGAGUUUUGAAGACGCCCCCAGCGUGGAUGAGACCCCGAUGAGCAUGUCCCCCACACCGCGGGUGGUCGUGUCUACCCCUCAGCCGGAAUACGUCAAUGGACACUGCGAGCCCAUGGUCCUGGGGAGCAUGCAGUCUCUGGUGGAUGGAGUGGACGAUGUGGGUGCAGAUAAGGUUCAAGCAUCUGAUCUCGUCACAGAGCAAGAUUUUAUUGAUGGCGUCUUUGUCACCCAGAGUGGUGGGGUGGGCGGGGCUGGUAUAGUGGGCGUGGCUGGUGACACGGGGCCCGGACACAUGGAGGUCCGGGGAACCGACAAGGACAACUUUCCAGGCGUGGCUUCGCUGUGCUGGAAUGUGGCGUUCUUCCUACAAUCUCUGGGAGAGCGGGAGGCCGCCUGGGUUCUUUUCCAUUCUCUAGUCAAAUAUAUCAAGCAGAACUACCCUCUGGACCUGGACCAGCAGAUUUUGCUGUGUCGCUGCCACUACUCCCUGGGCCACCUGUGUGAGCAGGAAGAAGAGCCGCUGGCGGCGGAGAGAGAGUACCGCAGCGCUCUACACGCUCUGGUCGAUGCCGACGAUAUGGACGAGGAGCUAGAGCGGCAGGCUGAUAUCAGAUACCUCAAAGCGCUGCUCCUGUGUUGCCAUGGGCGGCUGAAGGUGGGCCAGGAGGAACUAUUUGACGCGGAGGAACUGCUGAAGGAGGCGUUAGAGGGCCUGGCCGACAACCCGGACUGCUUUGUGCUCAAGUCCUGUGUACACUACAACCUGGGACAGCUUAGGUGGACACCACGACCUCACAAUGGCCGCCCAACAAAGCCUGACCCGCCUUGACGUGGCCCUCAGUAUGGGACAUUACGACUUCGGCUCGGCUCGCUCUCCAGAGCGCCGGAGCAACAGCAUGCCCUUCAGCGCCCUCACCUUUCGGGAGAGCGACCUCUCGCGCAUGCGCAGUCGCCUCAGCAGCCACGGAGGCAAGGUGCGCGUGGAGGACCCCAUGCAUGUGCGGGCGGUGAGCCGCGAGGAGGUGAUGCGUCACAACAGACCGGACAGCAUGGUCAGCAGUGUCGUCAGUGUUGUCAGCGCGAGUGACCGCUUGCUGUCCGCGCCGACCUCCGAGAGGCCGCGUCUGCUGAGAAGGGAGCAGAACGGACGGUCGUAUUACGGCGGCGCGGGGCAGGAUGGCUACGCGCAGUACAGCGCCGGUUAUAAACAUCCGUCUGAGGAUUUGACCAACGGCAAGGCUGGUGAUGUCGUCAUCGUGGGGAAGAUCGACUCGAAGGGGAGGAAGUUUGUUUCCGCGGACACCAACGGUAAUUUCGAUCACACAGCCACCGGGGAGUUUGACAAUCAAGGAUUUCCCCAGUCCGAGUCCGAGUUACCGCCUCAUGACGAUGAUUAUGACGACGAAGGGGAGAAAAACUAUUACAGCAACGGAGACGGCGGCGGGGAGGGUCAUGUGAUCAGUGUUGACCUGCACAGAAAGGACGUUGUGGGUGACAGUCAGACAGACGAGGAGUUUCCGGGCUGCUCCCCGCGACUAGACAGCUACGGCGACGCCGACAUCCGGCAGUACAUGAUGGGCGGGGAGGGCGAGAGGCAGAAGAAGUCAGUGACACUUCGACCGUCCAGCGCGCCGCGGAGAAUGUUUCAGCGGUUUGGCGGCGUCACUCCAGACAACACGUCCGUGGCGCUCAGACAAGCUUCUUCCACCUCGUCGUCGGCGCCGGGUCAGCGGAAAGUGGAUAGCGCCCACAGCUCAAAGCGGCUGUGGAGCGGCCGGAGCAACGUCACGGCGGCGUCCUCCGUGACCAGCGGUCAUCACUCACGCUGUCCGCUUCCCGGGAAACACGACGUCACGCUGAGCAACGCCCGUUCCAUAGCGGGUCCGAACAGCUCGCUCUCCAGCCUUCUGGGCGAGCCCACCUGCCCGCGAGCUUCCUCCAACAGAAUGCACCACCGCUCAGCGUGGUACCACGUUCCUGGGAGGUAUACCACACCAAAAGACAGAGUCCCCAGAAAGCGCAUGCAGAAGACGGAGAAUGCUAAAGACAUCGAAGCUUUCCUCUCGCUCAAAUCUCAGUGGGCGCGGAAGAAACACCAGGAUCUAAUUCAAGACAAGCUGAAGGAGCUCCAUCUCCGUGACCCGCACAGCCACCAACCGCCGUCGGGCUCCUCGCUCCGGAAGAAGCAGUCGUCCUUCUCCAGGUCUGAGCAGCACUCGUUCUCCACGAGCGCCGGCUUCGCUCAGGGUGAAGGUCGCGGGGUCAGCAGGUCGCAGCUGCGCAGUGUGAACAAAUACAGCGCCACCCCGCGGCUCAUGAUUAGCGGCCUGGAUGUGGUCCCAGAGGCGCGCUACCCUGACAAUCUGAGGACCCCGCAACAUCAGGUCGUUAAGUUCAAGGAGCCCAUCGUAGUGGGCUAAGGAGCUGGCGGGUCAGAGCUUUGGCACAAUUAAUGAUUCUGGGAAAAUAGGGAUCUUGGAAAAUAUGAUUCUUGGAAAAAUGUUAACAGGAUAGAACUUAAGCACACAUUUGCUCAAAUGAUUCUUGAAAAAUGUUAACGGGACAGAACAUAAUCUCAAAUGUUUCUUGAAAAAAAUGUUAACAGGACGAACUGGGGUACAAUUAAUGAUUUGGAAAAGUGUCAACGCAAAAAAAGUUGCAUAUGCACAAAAGAUGAUGCUUGAACUCGUAGAAGAGCUUUAUAGUGGGCUUGAGAGCAGUACAAAAAGUGAUGCGUGAGCUUGAACAGUUGUUUUUACUCUGGGUUACAGACACUUGUAAUAUAAUAUAUCCAAAAUCGUGGGCUCUGACGUAAUUCCGGUCGACUACCGAGCGUAGUGUUUGACUCUAUUCGGAGCCAAAUAAAGGGCUAGGAGGGAAAGACUGUGCACGCGUUCGACUUUAGCCCAAUCUGCAUGGUGUUUAGUACCAUAUAUAUGGCUCUUUUCGUUUAUGCAGACGGUCAAUUUAGCUUAAGAUGGUCUCAAGGUUGUCUUCUUGCA